AUGACGUAUAUAUAUCCUCUUCAAUUUCUCUACCGUCUACACCAAACUUCCUCAAAAUCAAAACCCCCAAAACCCUAACCCUAAAAAUGAACUCCAUUUCCAAAACCAUGACAUCAAUCUUCACCCGCCCAAACACCGGGUUAACCCACCGGAGCUCCGAUUUACAACAAUGGCGAGGGAUCCGCGUUAAGAUAUUGAACAACAAUUUGGAAAGAGGAUUAACAUAUAUGCAAAGAAUAAUGCAAUCAAGUGGUAUUGAACGUAUGAUUAAAAAUGAACAGCUUUAUCAUAUCAAAAACUCUGAGAAAAGGAUUCUGGCUAAAAAGAAUUUGCAGCGCAGGUUGAAAUCUCAAGAUCUUGCUCGUAAACUUAAAUCGAUACUCGUCCGAAAAGUCAGGGGUUAUUGAGCAAAUUUCUUGAUAAUAUCUAACUACUGAAUGCGCAAGGGGAGUUUUGCUGUUGCUUUGAUGUGCUAUAGUUAUAUAUAUUUCAUAAAUAUUUCAGGAGUUUAGUUUGUGUUUGUUUCAUGCCAAAACUAGAGUUGAUUUACUCAACAAUAUAUCGUUUUGGUGGUGGAUAUGGUGAGAAUGGUUUUGUCCUGGGUUUAGGGACUAACAUCACUUUUGGUGCCUCUAAUAAUAUUAGUUGGUUCUUUGUUC